GCAGUUUUCGCUUAAAAAAAAAAAAAAAGAAAGGCUCAUAUCUCUCCACUUGUACAAAAUUUGAAAACAUUUUCUGAGUGUGAAACUGGAAACGAUUUUGGCUUUUCGUACUCAAAACCUCCGCUCUGAAUAUUCCUUGACAAGAAGAUGACAGAAAUUGCGGCGAAAGCCGGCGAGGAGGAGGAGAAGACUUGGGAGGAAGCUCUGAGAAGAAUGUUACCGGAAGGCGCACCAUUACCGGACGAAGAGCAACUCGAUUUCUCCAUCGCCGUCGAAUACGAAGGUCCUCCUCUUCCUUAUAAUAAUAUUCCUAAAGUUGAUCCUGUUAAUCUUAAUUCACUUUCGCUUCCUAAGAUUACUCGAAGAAAACUUCCUAGAUUUAAUAGAGCUUCCUUUACUGAUCUCAAAGUCAAAUUUUCCAACGGUAGAAAUGGUGAUGAUGAUCAUGAUGGAUUGCAAUCGGGUGAUUUUAGUAAUGAUGAUGUGUCGAUUAAUGAUUUGUCUUCACCGGUUAAUGGUGAUGAUGGUGGUGGUGGUGAGGAUGUGAAAGAAGAGCAGGGGGUGGACGAGUCAAAGAAGAGUAAGGUUGUUUGGAAGAAGAAGAGGAGGGGAGGAGUUUGUAAUCGGUGUUUGAAAUGGAGUCAUUUUUUGAAGGAGAGAGAGGCUUGUUUGGUUUGUGAUGCGAGGUAUUGUAGUAAUUGUUUGAUUAAAGCAAUGGGAUCGAUGCCGGAAGGGAGGAAGUGUGUUAAUUGUAUUGGGAAGGCUAUAGAUGAAUCCAAGAGAUCGAUGUUAGGAAAGCCAUCUAGGAUCUUGUCGAAAGUUUGUAGUACUUUGGAGGUAAAACAGAUAAUGAAGGCAGAGAAGGAAUGUGCUUCAAAUCAGCUUAGACCUGAGCAGUUGAUUGUGAAUGGUCGGCAGUUGAACCAAGAUGAAUUAGCUGAGCUUUUGGGUUGUCCUAACCCUCCUCAGAAGUUGAAGCCAGGCAAGUAUUGGUAUGAUAAAGAUUCUGGCCUUUGGGGAGAGGAGGGUGAGAAGCCUGAUAAGAUAAUUACUUCAAAGUUGAACGUCGGGGGUAAGCUUCAGCAGGAUGCCAGCAAUGGAAACACUAAGGUUUACAUAAAUGGUCGGGAAAUCAACAAGAUUGAGCUCAAAGUUUUAAGGCUGGCUGGUGUACAGUGUCCUUGUGAUACUCAUUUUUGGGUGUAUGAUGAUGGAUCUUAUGAGGAAGAAGGUCAAAAUAACAUUAAGGGAAACAUAUGGGGAAAGGCAUCUACUCGUUUCAUUUCCUCAUUAUUUUCAUUGCCUGUACCACCUGGAAGUACUCGGGGACAGAUUGACGAUCCAGGUACUUUCUCAGUUAGGUCAGUACCUGAGUAUCUGGAGCAGGGAAGCAUCCAGAAACUUUUGUUAUUUGGGCUGGAAGGAUCUGGAACUAGCACUAUCUUCAAACAGGCUAAGUUCUUAUAUGGAAAUCAGUUCACUCCGGAAGAGCGACAGGAUAUCAAGCUUAUGAUUCAAAGUAAUAUGUACAAAUAUCUUAGCAUAUUACUUGAGGGGCGAGAGAUGUUUGAAGAGGAAGCUUUAUUAGAGAGAAAAACUACUUUGGAUGAUGAAGCAUCUACCCCAGGUGUUGAGGAAAAUAAGCAAUGUAUCUACUCAGUAAACCAAAGAAUCAAGCACUUUUCUGACUGGUUGUUGGAUAUCAUGGCUACUGGUGAUUUCGAUAAAUUCUUUCCUGCUGCAACACGCGAGUAUGCACCUGUUGUGGAUGAGAUUUGGAAGGAUCCUGCCCUCCAGGAAACAUACAAGAGAAGGGAGGAAUUGCAACAUCUUCCGAAUGUGGCCAAAUAUUUCUUAGAUCAGGCUGUUGAAAUAUCUAGUAAUGAAUAUGAACCAUCAGAGGAGGACAUUUUAUAUGCUGAAGGAGUCACUCAAGGGAAUGGUCUUGCCUUCAUGGAAUUUUCAUUUAAUGAUAGAAGCCCGAUGUCGGAGUUGUACCAUGAGAAUUUAGAAUCACCUCCCUUGACAAAGUACCAACUUAUCCGCAUGAAUUCCAAGGGACUACAUGAUAGUCGUAAAUGGCUGGACAUGUUUGAAGAUAUGAGAGGUGUGAUCUUCUGCAUUGCUUUGAGCGACUAUGACCAGAUGUGGACGCAUGGCACAGGUACCCUUCACAACAAAAUGCUGGCUGGCAGAGACAUGUUCGAGAGUCUUGUUAGACACCCUUGUUUUAAGGAUACCCCAUUCGUCCUUUUGCUGAACAAAUACGACAUCUUCGAAAACAAGAUUAACCAGGUUCCCUUGUCAACUUGUGAGUGGUUCAAGGAAUUCAGCCCUGUGAAGCCCCACAGCAAUAAUCAAGCACUGGCGCACCAAGCAUACUACUAUGUUGCUGUGAAAUUUAAGCAGCUAUACCAUUCAAUAACUCGCCGCAAGUUGUUUGUUUGGCCAACCUGGUCGCACAAGCGUGCCACAAUUGACGAGGCAUUCAAGUACACGCGAGAGGUGCUCGAGUGGGACGAAGAGAAAAAUGCAAAUAUGUAUGGAAUCAGUGCGGAUGAAUCCUUUUACAGCAUGGAGUUGAGUGCAUCUCCUUAUAUUAGGCAACAAUGAAUUCAUUUCUGAUUCUAUGCUCAUCUCUGUACAUAAAGGUUAGCUAAGCUGACAAUUUUAACGAAGCAGAGACGGCUUUUUAUCACCCUGAAUGAUUAAUCGAGUGCGGCGGAAGAGGAAUUAAAACCAUUUUAGCAGCUUGAAGAUCAAUGAGUCCUGGUUCAGGUACCAUAAGUGAUUGAAAAUUGGUUUAUCGAUAAGCUCUUUUUGAUUUGGGAGCUUGUAAUUCUUUUUAAGAGGGUAAUUUUCUCAGCUGUACAGUGAGUGAAGCCAGCACUUUUGAGUCGCCUUUUUGUUUUUUUUUAAUAAUUUAGUUUUCAUUUUAUUACAAAUAUUUUUGUAAAA